AUGGUUAAGAAAUUAUUUUUAUCAAAGUCCUUGGUCAAUGCGCCAGUUGACACAGUCGCAUUUUUCAACAUUUUCUGGAUGUGUUGGAAGGUAAUGGGCAUCUCAAUCAACUCAAACAAGUGGUACAUAUGGCUCUACGAUGGCAUCGUAAACAUUUUCAUUACCAUAUUCUAUCCUAUACACCUGACUGUUGGCUUGUUUCUGGUGCCUACGCUUGCGGAUGUCUUCAAGAAUUUAGCCAUAAACAUAACCGAUGUUGCCUGUAGCACCAAGCAUUAUCUCUUUCGCUAUAAGUUGCCGAAAAUUCGUGAAAUGCAGCGGCUACUAAAGCAAUUGGACGAGCGAGUUGUAGCCAAGGACGAGCGCGAUUACUUUCAUGAAAAUAUACGUCUUGGUGUGCGAAACAUUAUGCUUGUCUUCUGCGCUUCCUAUACAGCUGACGCUUUGGCCUCAGCCAUAGACGUGCUGUCCAAAACUGAGCGGGAACUGAUGUAUCCGGCUUGGUUUCCUUUCGAUUGGUCAGCAAACAGGUAUACGUAUUACGUUGCGGUUUUCUAUCAGAUUUUCGGUGUGUCCAUGCAGAUCAUACAGAACUUAGCACACGACACAUUUGCGCCGAUAAGUUUGUGUGUAAUGUCUGGCCAGGUGCGUUUGCUGGCGAUGCGGGUGGCCAAGAUUGGUUAUGAUGAAUCGAGAACACUGUCGCAGCAUGAACGCGAGUUGAACGAGUGCAUUGAGGAUCACAAGAAGUUGUUGAGGAUUUUCGAUCUACUGCAAGACAUAUUUUGGUUCACUCAAAUUGUACAGUUUUCCUCGGUUGGCUUGAACAUUUGCUUGACUGUUGUGUUUCUGUUGCUCUUUGUUGAAAAUAUCUUCGGCUAUGUUUAUUACACGGUUUAUUUUAUUUCCAUGGCUGUUGAACUUCUACCGGCUUGCCAUUAUGGCAGUAAAAUGCAGGAAGAGUUUCAGGACCUCCCUUACGCGAUCUUCAAGUGCAAUUGGAUUCCACAGCGUAAAAGCUUUCAUCAAAAUCUACGCAUCUUUACGGAGCUUUCGAAGAAGCCACUUACACCAACGGCUGGCGGAAUUAUAAACAUUCAUUUGACAUCGUUUGUUGCAACUUGCAAAAUGGCUUACUCACUUUACACUGUUCUAAUGAAUAUGAAGUAG